UUUUCCCAUCAUUCAGUAGAAAGUUUACAUUUGUGGAGUAAACAUCAUUACGAAGAAAAGUGCUUUCAAACUUGUUCUGAGUUAUAUCAAACACUGUGGCAUCAACAUGCAGUAUUUUAAAAACAGUGAUUUAACAAAUUGAUGGAUGUGACAUUUGCACAAUUUUCUCCGUCUUUAUAUUGAUGACGGAUGUUAUCAUGACGAAAAAGAAAUUUUGCCGGGUACUUUGUUGGCACAUGGCCAAUGACAUUUCCUCGCUUCCCUAAAUUAUGCAUUGAGCAUAAUAACUUGUGAUUAGGAAUAUUAUUUAUUUAGAUUUUUGCAAAAAUUACUGCGAUGACAUGAGUGCAUGUGUUCAAUCUUUUUCUCAACUUGAGAAAAGGUCAUAAUGUUGAUAGAGAAGAUGACAUCCAUGAAAUCCAACCUGCGGAGAUCCCGGACCAUUGCGGAGGGGGAUUACGUUUCUUCAGGGGUGGAGGAAAAAGAAAACUCUCCUGAAUCGUUCCGCCCCGCGUCAAACUCCUGUCAGGCCCUGAAGCAUGCAGUGUCGGCUUUGACGAGACUUGAUGACUUCGUCCUAGAAAAGGUCGGACAGGGGUUCUUUGCUGAAGUCUUCAAGGUCACCCACAAGUCGACUGGUCAAGUGAUGGCACUAAAGAUGAACAUACACUCCAGUAACCGCUACAACAUGCUGCAGGAAAUCCAGCUCAUGAAUCGACUGUCUCACCCCAAUAUACUCAGAUUUCUAGGAGUAUGUGUACAUGAAGGCCAGCUACAUGCUUUGACUGAGUUUAUGAAUGGCGGAAGUUUGGAUCGUCUGAUUGCUGAUGAGAAUAUUGAGAUGCCAUGGACACUGAGGAUAAAUCUGUCCUCUGAUAUUGCCAGAGGAAUGAAGUAUCUACACAGCAGGGGCAUAUUCCAUAGGGACCUCACAUCAAGGAAUAUUCUGUUACGAGUGGAAGGUGACGUGUAUCAUGCAGUGGUCUCGGACUUUGGUCUGGCAGCAAAAGUUCCAGAUCCUUUGGAUAAGAGCACAAAACUACCAAUAGUGGGAUCUCCAUACUGGAUGGCACCGGAAACCCUGAAUGGUCUGUGGUAUGGACCACAGGCUGAUGUGUUUUCCUUUGGAAUUAUCGCCUGUGAGAUAACUGCCAGAAUAGAUGCUGACCCUGACAUUAUGCCAAGGACACUGAGAUUUGGUGUUGACUACAUAGCGUUCUGUGAGAAGGUGGAGUACUGUCCCUUGGACUUUCUAAGAUUGGCAUUCACUUGUUGUCAGAUUGAGCCAACAAAGAGGCCUACCUUUUCAGACAUUGUAAUGUCACUAGAAAAAAUUCAGAAAUUACUGGAGGAAGAUCCAGAAGAAAUGAAAUCAAGGAAAAGAAAAGAUUCUGGACGCCAUGGUCACAAGAGGUCAUUGUCAGCAGACAACAUCUUGGCAGCUUCAACAGAUGACAUUACACCUAUGACCCCACAAGUGAUAGGUGAAGUAAUGAGUAAGGAUGACCCCUUCUAUUCCCCAGUGGGAGCUAAUCCAUUCACAGCUUACGAGUCCUAUGGGGGCAAGAUUCUUGGAUAUUCCCGAAAUGGAAAAGACUCUUAUUACAGUUAUGAACUUCCCUCCCCGUCUUUUCCCCAUACCCCUCCUGGGACCCCUAUCAUGACCCCUGAGGGGACCCUCAGAAAAAAACACAGCAAAGUUCAGCAGACUCAGUCUCUUCCCUCCUCACCUGUUUUAUUACGUAAGGCAGCAGAGCAGUUCCAUCUGGAGUCUUUACAUGGAUCUAACUGUCGGCGGAAUUCUGCUGUUAACAGUAAGAGAUAUUCCCUUCAUUUUCCAAAAUCCAAAAGUGCAUCUGUGAUGCCAGAUAUAUUGGCAAGUAGAUUAGAACGUGAAUUUUACAAUGAGGACUCAGUGAAAUCUACAAACAGUGGACAGAGAUCGAGGAGAUAUUUGCGACAACUGAGUGCGGACACGGCACUUAAUAGAUGCAAUAGAGACAGCAACGGUGAUUUAACAAACGGACUUGGGGACAGAGGAAGUGAUAAAUCUACUUAUCAGAGUGACGUCAAGGGUUAUCGGAUGUCGAGAAGUUCUACGGAUUCGUUCAACUCCAUUGAAGAGCAGAUAGUGGAGGUAGAAACUUCAAAAAUGACGUUCAUCUCAGAGACGAUAUCGGAGGAUUCGAAAACGAGUAUCGGUUCUGAUGGUGCAAUACUAGAAACGCAUUUAUAGUUUUAUUGGGCUAUUAUUUUCUUUUCUUUCUGUUGACGAGUGCUGCUUAAUUUAUGUAUUACAAUCCAUUUCAUUUUGGUGCCAUUUCAGAUUGGCCAUUCUGUUAUCAGUAUUUAUUUUUGUUCUGUUCAUAGCAUUUGACAUUUCUAAUACUGUGUGUGUUAUCACCUCCAAUAUCAGGUUUAAACUGUGAUAUGUAAUGAAUAAUGACAAUGGACUUGUAUUCUAUUAUGUGCAUAAAUGAAUUAUGAAAAUUAUGGUUACGAGGGAUUUUUUUUCUAAAUAUCUGAAACAGUACAUGUUGUAACAAAUGAAAUUUAUAUGAUGUAAUUCCGUGAACUUUUUCAUAUGCUGGUUAAAAAAUUGUUCAAAAUGAUUUAAAAAUCAUGUCAGGGACUGUUAUAGAUAGUUAUUGCCUUGUUAUUCGAAUUAUAGAUUGCUUCUUGUUAUUAGAAAUAUUUUUCUACAAAUAUCUGUCAUUAUAAACAUCAUUAAAUCUGUAGUACAUUGCAGUGACUAUCAUGUCUCAUUGUUGAAUUUAAAGUCUCUUGUUAAAUAUAUAGUGUAAAUGAAAUAAUAAGUAAAAUUUUUAAAAAAAAAUUAAAAUGAAAUUUGCAUGUAUGACAUUUAUAUGUACCGAUACUUAGUGCUAUUUGAUGCAUGUAUUAUAAAUUAGCCAUUACCAGAUGUUAUACAUCAAUCCAGUUAUGUGUGAAUUUAAUUUCUCUAGUCCUUAUCAUUAGAUUACAAUUCUGUAUUGUUCUAAAUACUUAUAUUUCUACAAAAUUUUUAUGCAGAGUUUCUGUAAAUCAUUAAAUGAAAUCCCUAGAUCAGUGCAUAAUACAACUAAAUUUUUUAGCUGUUAAGAACAUAGUACAGAGUUUACGAGACACAGAAUGUGAUACCUGUUUAUUAUCUACCGGGUACUCAGUUCUUGGUAGUUGGUAGGAUAUUCAACCCUGACCUAUACCCUUUAGCCCCUUGUUGACUGUGUGUGUGGUGGUCCUGUAACCCCCCCCCCUUUCUUCCCCUCCCUUAUAUUUUCGUCUACCUCUUCAUGCAAUAUUUUUUUUCUAUUAGGGAGGAAAAUUAAUGUCACCUCCCCAAAGGAAUGUUAGUCACAAAAUAUAAAUGAUUUUAUAGCAACUCUUAAUGCACAUAUAACAUUUAAUAGCUUGGUGGCUUCCCAUUUAAACAUUGCAUGCAUUUCUCAUGCCUAUGUACUAUUAUUUUGGAUUCAUACUGAACUUAUUUCAAUGUUAGGAUAAUGUUUUUCCCUUUUUGAAAUUUGUGGAUUUGUUAAAGUUAAUGGUAGAUUGAUGAAAACUACUUAUUAUUUUUUGAUAUGAACAUACAAGGCAUGGUUCUUUUAUAUAUUAUAAAUAUAAUCUUUGUGAUACAAUAUUAGUAUAGUUAAUAUGAUGUCAGACAGUUCAUAUAUAUCAUAUUGUCCAUUAUGAAAUGAGCAUUGAAUUUUUUUUUUCAAUAACUGACUGAGCUUUUUUCUAGAUCAAAAAUAAGGUUUAUUAGUGCUGUUAUGAAGGUCACUUCUGUGUUACAAUGUUUGAUUUUGUUUGAAACUAUUUAGGGAUUGUGUAUAACUUUAUCCACCUCAGAUAUUCAUUUUGAUUUGUCAAAGUAAAAUGGUAUUAGUUUAUCAAAUGAUAUGAAUCAUAGAUUAGAGAUUUUCAUUGUUAAAUAGGUAAAAGGUUAGACUUCAUAUAUUUAACAUUUUU